AUGACUGAAGUACUCCAAUCAUCUCCUUCUCAUCACUUCCCUUCUCCUUCAAGCUCCACUUCUACACCAUGUGUUGUCAGCACCAAUGAUGUUGAUAUCCCACAUCAACACCACCAACAACAACAACACCCACAUAAUAGACCCCAUGACAUAUUAGACCAAGAAGAAGAGAUCAAAGAGAGGGAGAGGGAAGGGGAUCAGGUGUCAAUUGUCGAACUUUUGGUGGCUGCUUUCAGGAGGUCUAUUGUUGGGUGUAGUGUUACUGCUAGUACUGGGAGUAAAGAGCUUUGUAAAAUGGAGAUUGGGGUGCCGACUAAUGUUAGGCAUGUUGCUCAUGUUACUUUUGAUAGGUUUAAUGGGUUUCUUGGCUUGCCUGUUGAGUUUGAACCUGAGGUUCCCAGGAGAGCCCCUAGUGCCAGUGCAACUGUUUUUGGGGUUUCGACAGAGUCCAUGCAGCUUUCAUACGACUCUAGAGGGAAUAGUGUGCCUACAAUACUCUUGAUGAUGCAGAGACAGUUGUAUGCUCAAGGAGGUUUGCAGGCAGAAGGAAUUUUCAGAAUUACUGCAGGUAACAGCCAGGAGGAGUAUGUCAGGGACCAAUUAAACAGUGGAGUGAUCCCAGUGGGCAUUGAUGUGCACUGCUUGGCCGGCCUUAUAAAGGCAUGGUUUAGAGAACUUCCAACUGGUGUCCUGGACUCUCUUUCACCAGAGCAGGUAAUGCAGUGUCAGUCAGAAGAGGAGUGUGCUCAGCUUGCAAGUCUCCUUCCCCAAACAGAAGCUGCUUUACUUGAUUGGGCAAUAAAUCUAAUGGCUGAUGUUGCUCAAAUGGAACAUCUGAACAAGAUGAAUGCACGCAAUGUUGCUAUGGUGUUUGCACCAAACAUGACUCAGAUGUCUGAUCCUUUAACAGCUUUGAUGUAUGCUGUUCAAGUGAUGAAUUUUCUCAAGAAUCUUAUCAUUAGGACACUUAGAGAAAGAGAAGAAUCUGUGAUAGAAUCAACUUCUGUUUCCCGCCUUGAGCCUACCGAUGAAAAUGGGCACCAGAGUGCUUCCCAACCAUCUCGUGAGGAGGGUGAAGAUGAUGCUACUGAGGAAAAUGAAUGGGAGAAAGCAUUUGUUGCUGAAGAACCUUUUCUUGAGAGCUCUUCUCAACCCAGUCCAGAUGAUUCUACUAAUGUUGAUGGAUCUGCUAGUUUCUUAAGUUAUAUUGAGAACAUUCCUGGAGGAAAACGGACUUUGGUUGAUAAUUGUCCUUGUGAAGUUGUAUCUCAAGUGAGUGCCUUGAAAAAUGAACACCAUGAGGGUGGCCUUGCAUAUAAAACUGGAAGGGUCCAAGCAAGAAGUUGCAAGAGCAAAACUGGCCAAUCGAGUAAUUCAAAUCUCAAAAAACGGCCCAAAAAGGUGAAGGAGCAGCCAGUAGUUAGAGCAGCUGGAACAGAAGAGAAGGGCAAGGGAACUGGUAUCGUUGGUCGCAUAAAUCCAAGGACAGAACUGUUUGAAGCUUGGCGCUGA